AUGGAAGCUGUCCAGUUUGUCAAACAAGGCAAUGCUGGGGGAUUCAACAACUUCAACAAUUGGAAAAAUCAGCAACAGACCAACUGGAACAAUGCACCACAACAAGGAAACUAUCAAAGGCCUGCUCAACCCCCAGGAUUUCACAGACAAGAUGGUCAACUUCCCAACUAUCAGAAUCAGCAACGUUCUAACCAACAAUACAUACCAAGGAAAGAUGAAUGGAUUUCUGUACAAAAUGCAAUCAAGAGUUUGGCGGUGUCUUGCAAAAGUUUGGAAAAUCAGUUGGCCCAAAUUGCAAAGCAAAAUGCUGAGAGACCAUCUGGGAGCCUGCCCAGUGAUACAAUUAUGAACCCCAAGGGGAAUGACCAAGAGCAAGCAAAGGCUGUCACUCUCAGAAGUAGAAAGCAACUCAAUCAGCCAAGUGAAAAAGUCACUCCUGUGAGUGAUCUUGCAGGAAUGAACAAGGUAUUUGCCACUCCAACAGAUCUCAGAAAGUGUAACAUAAAAGGCCUCAGGUUGUUUCCAAGGAAGAAGGGCUGGGAUUUCUUUUUGAAGCACAUAAGGCAAAAAUUCAUUACAGAAAGGGGAAUCGGUGAAGACGGUGCAGCUUUUGCCUACAUCAAGCGCCAUGGCUGGGAGACCUUCUCCAACCCACUUGUCAAGCCGAGGAUCCAGAUUGUGCAAGAAUUUUAUGGCAACUUCCACACUGCCCCCAGAGACGGAGUAUUCGUCAAAGGCAUCAGCGUCAAUUGCAGCACAGAAGCUAUCAGAGCCAUCUGGAAGUUACCAAGAAUCAGAACCGAUUACAGAGAAAUCCUGGCUGCCCUGCAUCCAAAUCAACCACUGGAACAAGCCAUUCUGUCUAGAUUGGCAAAAGAAGGCACAAGCUGGGAGAUGGAUGAUCAAGAAAACCCUUUGGGAUUUCCAGCAAACGCGUUGCAGACGCCUGAUUUAAAUUUGUGGCACCAUUUCAUCUGCUGCAAUCUGAUGCCAACUUCCUACACUGCUAAGGUCACCUAUGAGAUGGCUCUGCUGUUGGCAGGGGUGACCUUCCUGUACACAGACGCAGAGAGCAACUUGCAGCAACCCUUGAGGAUGCAUAAGUUGGACCAGAAACCCCCAGGUGCCUCAUCCUCAGGACAAGCAACAUCCACUCCCACUCCAGCUGGACAAUUGAGGCAGAGGGAUUUCAACAAGCAGACUAGUUCUGAGCUACAAUUAGAUGAGAGAUGCCGUAAAUCUGAGACUUCCUUUGUGAAAGAUUUGGUAUCCUUCAAUGUAUGUUUUCUUCACUUGAAUCUGAGACAGAAAGUUGACAGCACCUAUCUAGUUGUGUCUAAGGUUGUUGCUUUGUGUAAUGCCACCUGCCUGAGUGGGAAUCCUCACUCAGGGGAAAUUACUUGUAAUCGAUUGAUUUUGUUGUUUUUUCUUUACUUUGAUAAGUUCUUGAAGGCACUGGUUCUUAGAUCUGGAAUAUUCUUGAUAAAAUCAUCAUAUAUUUUGAGAAGAAUGGAAGAAUUGACAGGACGUUGUGAUAAUCUGAUAGGAAGAGAUGAAAGGAGAGAAAUGGAGGCAUUGAUCGAUGUUCUGCUACAAGUACAUAGAUCAGAGAAUCCUGGAACACCUCUAGUAUCUGUGUUGCUCCACGACAAGAAUUAUUUGAUUUGGAAGGGGGCAAUGCUUUCAGCUUUAGAAGCAAAGAUGAAAGAUGGCUUUGUCACCGGAAGUUUGAUCAAACCGGCCAUAAAUCCACCUCACUUUGCUCGAUGGAAACAGGCAAACAGGCCUUGGAAUUCAGCAAACAUGGUGUUAAUUGGAAACACUCCACUGGAUAUGCCACAAGAUCAUCAAGGAGAAUUAGGGGACUUGCAAAUGGUGAUCACAAAUGCAGUGCAAAGAGAGGUUGACAGAAUGCUUAAGGGAAAGGCACCAGCAGAAGGACAUGGUGGAACAUCAGGAGUCAACUUUUCACAUUUUGAUGCAUUUGCAGGUAGCUCCACAUUAACUAAACUCAAAUGA